GUAAAUUAUUCUUGUCCAGUCAAUAUUUAAAUUUCCUGUGAUCAAAUAAUUAUAAAAAUGUUUGAAUUUAGUGAAUUUUUGUGAAAAUAAUGAAAAUAUCGUAAAAGAAAGAAAAAGAAAAAAAAAGCACAAAAAUGGCUAAUGUAAAAGCAGCUCCAAACGAACAACCAAAAAUACCUCCACCGCCACAGCUAAUACCAAAGAUCAUAAACGGCGGCAUCGCGGGCAUCAUCGGCGUGUCGUGUGUGUUCCCCAUCGACUUGGUGAAGACGCGGCUGCAGAACCAGGUCAUCGGCCCCAAUGGCGAGAAACAGUACAAAAACAUGUUGGAUUGUUUUAAGAAGACGUACGCCGCAGAAGGGUAUUUCGGCAUGUACCGCGGCUCGGCGGUCAACAUCAUCCUCGUCACGCCCGAGAAGGCCAUCAAGCUGGCCUGCAACGACAUGUUCCGCUACUACCUCACGCUGCCUGACGGGAGCCUGCCGGUAUUCCGGCAGAUGAUAGCGGGCGGCGGCGCGGGCGCGUGCCAGAUCGUCGUCACCACCCCCAUGGAGCUGCUCAAGAUCCAGAUGCAGGACGCGGGCCGUCUGGCUGCGCAGGCGAAGAAAGAGGGCAAGAAGUUCGAGCGCCAGACGGCGAUGCAGCUGAUCAACAAGCUGCUGGCCGAGCGCGGCAUCAUGGGGCUGUACAAGGGGCUCGGCGCCACCGCCGCGCGGGAUAUCUCCUUCAGCGUCAUCUACUUCCCCAGCUUCGCCAUCCUCAACGACUUGGGGCCCAAGCAGCCCGGCGCCACCGGCCCGCCCUUCUGGUGGUCGUUCAUCUCGGGCUGCAUGGCGGGCUGCAUUGCGGCGGUGGGCGUGAACCCGCUGGACGUGGUGAAGACGCGCAUGCAGACACUCACUAAGGGCGCCGGCGAGCGCCAGUAUUCCGGCAUCGUCGACUGCAUCACGUCGACGCUCAAGAACGAGGGUGUGAUGGCGUUCUUCAAAGGCGGCGCCUGCCGAGUGAUGGUGAUCGCGCCGCUGUUCGGCAUCGCGCAGACCAUCUACUACCUCGGCAUCGCGGAGACGCUGCUCGGCAUCCCCAGAUAAACGACAUCGGCAUCACGAUAAGCGGAAUCUACGAUUCAAAUAUUAUCAGCUGGCGCUGAUCGCAAUUGGUGGGUGAGCGUUCGAGUUAAAAUGUUCUAUUGUCGCUCUGUAUGUGUUAUAUUCUGUGAUGUGAUGGAAAUUUAAUUGAAAAUUAUUAGUUCUCUUUGGGAGUAAAUGGGGUUUUUUUUAAACCGGCGAGCUACAUGAGCCAGUCGUUAUUCAAACUUGCAAAAUUGUUUUUAAAAACUUAUUUGAAACAUGAGAUGUCUCAGUAAACUGAUAUUCCAAAUCCUAUUCGAUAUAUGAACGGUUAUUGUUCGGAAUCAUUGUACACUUUUUAUUAUUGUUGAAAAUCAAUCGUGUUUACGUUGUAAGCUCCUCUGUUACGCUUAUAGCUCAGUUAUUUAAAUUAAAAUUAUACUUUAAGUUACUUAAGUCAAGAGCAAAUCAGUGAUAUUAAUUUAUUUUUUUGUUACCGUAAUUUUAUUAUAACUGUUGCAGUAAAGGCUAGCUGAUUCAUGAAAUAUAAUGAAUUUUGUAUGUAUAAUUUUAUUCUUUAACAUGGUGCGUGAGUUCUUAAAGAUUUCGUUAUACUGAAUCCGCUUAUAACAAAUAAACAAAUUUCUAUUACUGUUGGAAUUAAAUGAUAAAUUGUAAACUGCAAAACGUCAUUAUUUCGCAAAGUAAGCAAAUAUGUAUAACUACUAGGCUGUGUAUGUUUUGUUAUUUUAUUUUUAUAUAUAAUUAUUUGAUUGCUGCCUUUACAAUAUACCUUACACAUAUGAGCUGUGGUGGAUGAGAAAUAAUAUGAAGUAAAAUAAUGUGAUAGGUACUUUGUUCUGUCCAAAAGAACACUCUCCUAAAGAUAUCCGACCGCUUUUAUUAACUUUAGUCGCUUGUUCAUAUUAAUUUAGAGAAGUUGAUAUGUUUUAUCAGUGAUGAUGACAAUAAUAUCAUGCGUGUAAAAUAGUCAACUAGGUAGAAUGAAAUUAACUUAAUUCGUGUCCAAUUUUAUCAAUGUCAAUUGAAUGAUGUAUGUGGUGUGUUUCUGUAGAAUACGAUUCUCAUCUCGAUAGUCACUGAUAAGACUAUCGUAUAUUAUCACACUGCCAAUAUACAUUGACAAACAACAUCUUAGGGCCGGUUGUAUCAAACCGCCUGUCACCGUUAAAGCGUUCGUUAAAUUUUAUUGUAUGGGAAGUUCCAUAGACGUCUGCUGCGUGACGAUGAUGUGUCUGUCAAAUUUAAUAUGGUUGAUGCAACUGGCCCUUAUACUUGAAUACCUAUAUCUAAUUUAAAGUCCGUUCCGUUAAGUGUCGGGAACUCACAGGUAUUGCCACUGGAAAUGCAGGCGUCCUUAGGAUAUGGUGACUGGGUGCUUACUAUCAGGUUGAUCAUAUGCUUGUUUGUCCGCAACGUGGUAUUUACAAUAAAUUAAGUCUGUUAAGAUAUUGCACAUCAUCUAAUGAGUAAAAUAUAUACAUCGUGGGCCUGAAUAACCUGAAAUAUUUUAACCACGCGUUUUUGAUGUAAAACAAGCAAAAAAUAUUAUAUGUCUUUUUUAAUCUUUGGAUAUUUUUUUUUAGAUUUUUCAAUGUAUUUUCAUAUAAAAAGUAAAUGUUAUUCAUAAAACUGGCACUUAAAAUGAGUUUUAACGUUUUUUAAACUCUUUUUUGAAAGAUUUUACAUCUCACUUUUUGACAUCUAUCAAUGAGGAUAGUGAGACACCAUAAUGGCACCAACGCCGUUAAAAAGGCAUUUUGUACUAAGUGUUACUUACUAAGAAAAUAUUUUUUUUAUUUCAAUUGGUAACUAGGCGAUAUCCAGAAAAGUUAAUAUGACAUUAUAGUCUCUAGAUGUGGUCAGGAAUACACUGUUAAAAUAUUUCAGGUUAUUCGGGGCCACGGUGUAUAGAAAACUUACGUAGGUACCAUACACGUAGAAACUUCAUUUAUAAAACGAAAUAUAGGAACUUAUAUAAGUACCGUAGUAGCAUGGAAGCACCCUGCAAUUAUGUAUUAUCUAGUACAAGUAAGGAGACAAGUUCACGGUACAAAUCGUCGCUGUACAAUUAUUAAAGUGACUUAGAUGUCGUAAAAUUGAUGUUGUUUGCAUGCCUACAUUUUUCGUCUGCGUUAUUGAAUAACCGUGUUACGAAUAUAUUUAAUCCCUAUUAUACUUAUAAAGAUAUCAUAAAGACAAUAACAUGCCAACGUUGUUAAAACCAUUAUAAAUGUGUUUGUGGUAUUAUAAGGUAAUGUAAUUUAUACAUAUGUUUGAUCAUGUCAAUUAAACUAGGCAACUCCU